AUGCUCAGACGUACCCUCGCUGUUAAAAGUACUUUCGCUCUUGCUCAAGGUUUUGCCACCAAGCAAGCCAUGAUGUUCCACACUGCUAGAUCCAUGAUGAUGAACACUGAAAAGCUUGACGUUAAUGUCUUGUUGAAGGAACAAAAGGAAAAGCAAAAGCUCAAGGAAUUGGAAAAGAAACUCCAAAGAGAACACGCCCAAAAGAUUAAACAACAAAAACAAAAGUCUAAAGAAGCCCUCGAUUUGAUCAAACAAAAGCAAGCCGACAAGGAAAAGGAAAAGAGUACUCGUAAAAAGAAGGACGUUAAUUCACCAAAGAGAGCCUUGACUCCAUUGCUUUGGUUUACUACUCGUAACUUUGCUUUGAUCCAAGGUGAAUUGAUUUCAAAUGGUACUAUUAAACCAGAUACUCCAAGCAAGUUUACUCUUGUUCAAGGUGAACUAAAGAAGAGAUGGGACUCUUUGGCUGAAGCUGAAAAGAAUAUUUAUGUUGAUUUGGCUGCUCAAGAUAAACUUCGUUAUCAAAAGGAAAUGAAGGCUUACAACAAAAAGAAGGAAGCUAACAAGAGACCAAUGACUUCUUACAUGCGUUUCUUCAUGGAAAUUAGACCUCAAUUGAUCCAAGAAAAUCCAACUGCCAAGGUUACUGAAAUCACAAAGCUAGCUGCUCAACGUUGGAAGGAAUUGUCAGCAACAAAGAAGAAGGUUUAUCAAGAAGCUUUCGAAGCUGAUAUGGAAGUUUAUAGAUCAGCUCGCGAAUAAAUCAUUCACUCACUAAUUGGUUAU